AUGCAGUCCUUCGGCACUAUCCUGUUGUCGUUCGCCGCUCUUGCGGUUGCGGCUCCUUCGGAACCCCGCGCUGUCGCCAGCGAUAACACCAGCCCUUUCCAGGUCUACGCCUACGGCCAAGGAAUCGGCGGCCUGUCCAUGUUCUCUGCAGGAGGUAGCGACGCUUACUUUGGUGAUCACACCAAGUUCAACGACUCUAACGCCGCCCCGGUGAUCUUCACCCCCACCGACAACAACGGCUGGAUCGGAGCCCCCAACACUACGGCUCUCAACUCUACCUCCCCUCCCAGCUGGUCCAACCUCACCUUCUCCAUCCCCGCCGAGGGCUCUUCGGACCAUGACGUCGGCUUUCUCAGCUCCAACUCAUCCUCUUCCGACCGCCAGACCAGCGGCUUCGUCUUUUACGGUUCCUUCAUUUUCGUCGAGUCCUCCUCUGGCGGCAUGGAGUCGCUGUGGUAUGCUACCCCCAGCUCCAUCAACGGCAUCUACUCUCUCAAGUGGAACGACACCAGCGACACCACCACUGAAGACAAGAUCGUUCUCACUCUCAAGAAGACUGCGCCUUCCAACGCUAGCAAGACCAAGAACCGAUCCAUUUAG